AAGUUCAGCAUUGGUCAGGACGGAUUGAGUAAACCCAUUCAUGAUGAACGCAGCCCUCUGGUCUCUGUGGCCGACACUACAGAGCAACUCGAAGACCACCGUAUCGAUGGCAGCGGGGAACGGGAGUUUGGUGGUGCGGUGGGAGUAAGUUGUAUGAUGAUCGGCUUCCCUCUUCUCAUGUACUACAUGUGGAUUGGCGCGACUUUCUACUCUGGACACUUGCCUUCGCGCUCUCCCGGACAAUCCUGGAGUGCGUUCUCCCAGCAUCUCUGGACUCUGUGCUAUGAGCACGCUUUCCCUCAUGCCAAAGCCUGGACCAUCUACUGGACCUUUUUGAUCUUCGAGGGAGCUUGCUAUUUGUACAUGCCUGGUGUUUAUGGCAAAGGCAAAAGGUUGCCCAGUCUGAACGGCAAGCAAUUGGAAUAUUAUUGCUCUGCGGUGUGGAGUUGGUACACGACCAUCAUUCUCGCAAUCAUUCUCCACGUCUCUGGUCUCUUCCCUCUAUACACCAUCAUUGAUGAGUUUGGCUCCAUCAUGAGUGUAGCCAUCAUUUCCGGAUUCUUGGUCUCCGUUAUCGCAUACUGGUCUGCUUUGGCGAGGGGAGCUCAACACCGUAUGACUGGCUCCCCUAUCUAUGACUUCUUCAUGGGGGCAGAGUUGAACCCUAGACUGUUUACCUGGCUGGACUUUAAGAUGUUCUUUGAAGUCAGAAUUCCUUGGUACAUUCUCUUCUUGACUACGCUUGGUGCUUGCGCCAGACAAUACGAAAACUAUGGCUAUGUAUCUGGCGAGGCUUGGUUCUUGUUGAUGGCGCAUUUCUUGUAUGCGAAUGCAUGUUCUAAAGGCGAGGAGUUGAUCAUCACAAGUUGGGACAUGUACUUUGAGAAAUGGGGCUUCAUGCUGAUUUUCUGGAACCUCGCUGGCGUACCUCUAUCCUACUGUCACUGCACUUUGUACAUCGCCAACCAUGACCCCUCUGAGUACCACUGGAACCCUUACCUGCUGACUCUCCUCUUUAUCACUUAUCUGUUCGUCUAUUGGAUCUGGGAUACUGCAAAUUCGCAAAAGAACAUGUUCAGAGCACAGGAAAGAGGCGUUGCACUGAACAGAAAAACAUUCCCGCAGUUGCCUUGGAAAGCAGUGGAGAAUCCUGUGAGCAUCAAGACGAGGACCGGUGAUUCGAUCCUUUGUGAUGGGUGGUAUGGUAAAGCUCGCAAGAUUCACUAUACCUGCGAUCUCUUCUUUGCGCUCUCGUGGGGCGCCAUCACAGGCUUCAACUCGCCGUUCCCUUGGUUUUACCCUGUGUUNUUUGCUUGCAUGAUUGUGCACAGAGCAAUCAGAGAUAUUCAAAAGUGCAGGGCUAAGUACGGGGACGCAUGGACAGAAUAUGAGAAAAGAGUUCCUUGGUUGUUUAUCCCGUACGUGGUC